UGUGGUGCUUUUUCAUUCGCGAAUUCCUCGCGUUCGGUUCGGUUAGGUUCUCCGGGUAGCUCCCGCGCGGCAGAUUAGUGGUGUAGUGGUUCUCCGUCGGUCACGGUCGUGGUCCUUUCCGAUUAGUGAUAACAAAGCCUAGUAAUCUUGCUUUAGAGGAAGCAAUCACUACGCACACUUUGCGCGCUAAGUCGAAUUCUGGACGUGUUUGUGCUUCGGAGGCGGAUUUUCCGGAUACAAUAUGACAAAUUUGCGGGACGGACUCUUGCUAGGAUGUGGCAACCCACUGCUGGACAUCUCAGCGGCUGUGGAUGAGCAAUUCCUUGCCAAGUAUGAAAUGCUGCCAAAUAACGCCAUUCUCGCCGAAGAGAAGCACAUGCCAAUCUAUAAGGAACUGGUUGAGGAAUGCAACGCUGAAUACAUUGCAGGCGGAAGCGUCCAGAAUUCGUUUCGCGUGGCCCAGUGGGUGCUCCAAAGGCCGAACGUGGCGGUUUUCUUCGGAUGUGUCGGAGAGGACAAGUAUUCGGACAUUCUUCUGGAGAAGGCCACCCAGGAUGGCGUCAAUGUGCAGUAUCAGUUCUGCAAGGACACACCCACGGGGACGUGUGCUGUGCUGAUCACAGGAACGCAACGGAGCUUGUGUGCCAACUUGGCCGCGGCCAACAGCUUCACAGUUGACCACCUGAAAAGUGCGGAAAAUGAAAAGUACCUUCAGAACGCGGAGUACUUCUACAUCUCUGGGUUCUUCCUGACGGUUAGCUUGGAGAGUAUUCUGACCGUGGCCAAGCAUGCUCUCUCUAAGGAUCGGUUAUUCAUGAUGAACCUGAGUGCACCAUUCAUUCCACAGUUUUUCAAAGAUAAUUUGGACCAAGUGAUGCCAUAUAUUGAUAUUUUGUUUGGCAAUGAAACUGAAGCUCUCGCCUUUGCCGAGGCACAAAAGUUUGGCACCGAAGAUCUGAAGGAAAUCGGUCUGAAGAUUUCCGCGUUACCAAAGCAGAACGAAUCGCGCAAACGAGUCGCAAUCAUUACCCAGGGCAGCGAUCCAGUGCUGCUGAUCCGGGACGGCACCAUUACGGAGUUCCCCGUCGAGAAACUCGCUGCGGAUCAAAUUGUGGACACCAACGGCGCAGGAGAUGCCUUCGUAGGGGGUUUUCUGGCCCAGCUGGUCCAGAAGCGAAACUUUGACACGUGUAUCGAGUGUGGCAUUUGGGCCGCACGUAAAAUCAUCCAAAGAUCUGGUUGUACCUUCGAGGGGGUGCCCGAUUUCGAGGCAUAGAACCGACGCCCGGCACUUGGUGACCUUAAGGGUGAUAUCACAUUGUGAAUAAGU